AUGGAGAAGAAUAUUGCGGCCCCCCUCGCGCAGCCGGCGAGCACGUCUCUAGAUACGCAAGUCGUCGAAGUUCUACAGGCCGAGGCCACCGCGGAAGAGGAGAAGAUAAUUCUUCGAAAGAUCGAUUGGCACAUAAUCCCGGUAAUGGCUCUUUGCUACAUGCUUCAAUAUAUGGACAAGGUCACCUUAGGGUAUGCCACGCAGUUGAACCUGCGCCAAGAUCUGAAUCUGCAAGGUAGCGAAUACAGCUGGUGCUCCUCCGUAUUCUACUUCGGAUACCUCUUCUGGAGCUGGCCAAGCAGUUACAUUUCCGUUCGGUUCCCACUGGGCAAAUAUCUCGGCGCAUCGGUUGCCAUUUGGGGCGUUGUCCUCACGACGCAUGCUGCAUGCACCAAUUUCGGAGGCCUGUUAACAGCUCGGUUCUUCCUUGGGGUUACCGAGGCUGCCGUGGCUCCUGGAUUCUCUCUUAUCACGGGGAUGUUUUACAAGACUUCUGAGCAGCCAUCAAGGAUGGCGCUAUGGUUUCUUGGGAAUGCGGUCGCAAACGUUGUAUCUGGCCUCAUUGCGUACGGGAUCGGGACAAUCGACUCUCACAUUGCAUCUUGGAAGCUGCUCUUCAUCAUCCUUGGUUGUGUCACUGUGGGCUAUGGGAUCUUCCUGGCAUUUGUGCUACCAGACUCGCCCUCAAAAGCAUGGUUUCUGAACGACCAUGAACGGAAGAUUGCGCUUCACCGGACGCUCGAGAAUCGAACGGGCGUCAUGGACGAAGGCAAAUUCAUCGUCUCGCAGAUGAUGGACGCCCUGACAGACCCGCAAGCAUGGCUGCUCGUCGGAUAUAGUCUGACUCAAAAUAUUCCCAACGGCGGAUUCAGUUCGUUCAGCAGCAUCAUCAUCAACGGCUUUGGCUUCAGCGAACUAAAUUCGCUUCUCCUCUCAGCACCCAGUGGGCUCCUCCAGAUCCUCGCAAUCGGCUGCAUCUGCGUGACGGCUGCAUACGUGAAGAAAAGUCGUAUCAUUACCAUGAUCGUUGUGAUUGUUUUCGCCCUCGUCGGCGUCAUUUUGAUGAACACACUACCCGAUUCGAAUCGCUGGGGACGAUGGGUGGGCAUCUUCCUGCUCGGCCCUUUUGCAACCAGUAUCCCCAUCUCGCUCAGUCUCAUCACGUCCAAUGUUGGAGGCUUGACAAAAAAGGCGACGGUCUCUGCCAUGCUCUUCGUUGCGUACUGCACGGGAAACAUCAUCGGACCACAGCUAUUUCUGGCCAAGGAAGCUCCUAAAUAUGAGACUGGAUUAAAAGGUGUCCUUGUGGGAUUCGCGCUGGCCAUCUUCUUCCUCAUCUUACUGUAUAUUUACUACGAGUAUGAAAACCGGCGACGAGACCGGAAGCACGGCCCGCCCAGUCGGGCGAAUACGGACUAUGUUGCUGAGGACUUCUUGAACCUCACUGACAGGCAGAUCCCAUCAUUCAGGUAUAUCCUCUGA